AUGGAAUCUUUAAUUCCUGUUAAAAGGGCAAGAGAAGAUGAUUCAGAAAAUCAUGAGGAAAGAGAAAAUAUAGUCAAUAGGCUUGAAUCAAUACAAAAAUCUAGAAAAAAGCUGCCGAUCCUCUAUAUGGAGCAGGAAAUUAUGGAAUCAAUCAAAGAAAAUACAUUUACCUUAAUUUGUGGAGAAACAGGCUCAGGUAAAAGUACACAAGUUCCACAAUUUUUAUAUGAGGCUGAUUUCUCUAGCAGCAAAUGUCCUGGAAAAAUCGGAAUUACACAGCCCCGAAGGAUUGCAGCAAUUUCGCUGGCUCAAAGAGUGGCAAAUGAGCUGAACCUUGAGAUUGGAAAAGAAGUAGGAUAUCAAAUCCGAUAUGACGCUUCAACCAUAAAUCCAGCCUUAAACAAAAUAAAAUUCAUGACAGAUGGGAUUUUGCUCAGAGAAAUUGAAGGUGAUUUCUUAUUGUCUUCGUAUUCUGCAAUUAUCAUUGAUGAAGCUCAUGAAAGAAGCAUUAACACAGACAUUUUGCUAGGAUUUUUAUCAAGAAUCGCACCUCUUAGAGCAAAGAAAGGAAAUCCAUUAAAAGUCGUUAUUAUGUCAGCUACCCUAAGAAUUUCAGAUUUCACAGAAAAUACCUCACUAUUCCCAUCCGGCGCUCCUCCAGUUAUUCACAUAGAAUCCAGACAGUUUCCUGUAACAGUCCAUUUUUCAAAAACCACAAGCGCCGAAACAUACUUGGACAGUGCUUUUGAAAAAACUCUAAAAAUUCAUACAAGACUUCCUGAAGGCGGGAUCCUCAUCUUUGUUACAAGCAAAAAAGAUGUGACUACAUUAAAAAAAAGGCUCAAGACUGCAAUUUCAAAAGAGGAAGCUGUCAUUCUUGGGCUUUAUUCCAUGUUGCCAUACUCAAAGCAAAAGAAAAUAUUCAGUCCACCAUCAAGCAGAAGGAUGAUUGUAGUAUCCACAAAUGUCUCAGAAACAUCCUUAACAAUUCCUGGGAUUAAAUAUGUAGUGGACACUGGGCUAGAAAAGCGAAAAGUUUUUAGUGGAAAUCUUAAAAUGAGCAAAUAUGUUGUCACUUGAAUUAGUAAAGCAAGCGCCGAACAAAGAUCAGGACGUGCAGGAAGAGUUUCAGCUGGACAUUGCUAUAGACUGUAUUCAAAUGCUGCAUAUGGAAUCCAUUUUGAAGAGUAUCGGCCUCCUGAAAUUUUGAAUUUGCCUAUUUCAAGUGUAAUUUUGCAGCUGAAGUCUAUUGGGAUACGAAAUGUGGAGCAGUUUCCGUUCCCAACAUGCCCUGAUAGAAGCUCUUUUGCUGAAGCACUUAAUCUUUUGGACAAGCUUGGCUCAAUAAAGCAAUGCAGAAAAGGAAAGGGAGAUGUAUAUGAUAUCACUGACUUAGGCAGAAAAAUGGCAGAAUUCCCAAUAUCUCCGAGAUUUUCAAAAAUGCUUAUUUUGUCAGACCAGCACAAUAUUGUAAAAUGGAUGUGCAUACUUGUGGCGCUUCUAGAAAUUGAGCAGGUAUUUAAAUUUGAUUUUGAAGGCGAAACAGCCAAAGAGUCUGUUAAAAAGUCAAAAGAAUUCCAUGCUAAAUGGUUUUCAGGUGAAUCUGAUUUAUUGUGUGGGGUCAAGGCAUUUUUGAAAUUUAUAAAAAUAAAUGAUGCAGAAAAAGAAGAUUUUUGUGAAGAAAACCACUUGAACUAUAAUAAACUGAAAGAGGUAGAAGACUUAUCAAUGCAACUUUUGAGGAUUUAUAAAGAUGAUAAAACUAUUGAAACCAAUGAAUUUUUGAUACCUUAUCCUCAUAGGAAAGAAAGGGAACAGCUCUUAAAAUGCUUAAUUUCAGGAUUUAUUGAUCAAGUGGCUACCAAAAUUGAUAUUCCAGAUGAUUACAGCAAAACCAAAAGAAUCCCUUAUACAAUCUCAACUCCAACUGAUACCUCAAUUUACCCCAAAGACUACGCAGCACUAGGAAUAAAAAAAGACACAUUUUUUAUCCAUCCUUCAUCAUAUUUAUAUGGCAGUUAUCCAAGCCUUAUCGUUUACCAGCAUUUAUUAUUCACAAAGCGUCCUUAUAUGAUAGGGAUCACAAAAGUCAAGCAAGAAUGGCUUGAUAGCCUGCAAAUAAAUAUUCUCUAUUGAAUAAAUAACACUAUAUUUUACUAUUAAAAAACUAAAAUCAAAUUCAUCCCAAAAAAAAACUAAUUAA